UGAUCUCUUCUAUGUUUGAAUUUAUCAAAAAUAUUGCAUACUUGAUUGCCCUUUUAAUUUGAUCUAGGAAUUCCCAAAAUACAACAUCAUCAUCAUCAUAAGGAACAACAUGAGUUUCUUAGGAGGAAUGAGAUUUAAAGAGUUGUCAACAAGCCAGAUAUUGAGUUUGAUAACAGAUAGAUUCUAUGACCAAAUUGUUGAGAGAGAUAUCAAGGACUUCCCUGGAUUCCACCUUGCAAUUCUUGAUAUCUUCCGGUAUGCAUUAAAAUUAAAUUCAUUAAUAAAUAAUAGAAAUUAUGGAACUUUUUUUUUCCAGGAUUUGUUCGAGAGUUGGAAUGCAAAAGCAAACGAAAAAGAAAGGAAGGAAGUAUUGAGUUCAUUCAUGAAAAAGAAUGUAAACAUAAACAAAGUAGAUGAGUCAAUGAUAAUAACAGCAAUAGUAGCACCACCAGCAGCCAUGGUUGUGAAGAGAACAGGACAAACAUUGCCACAACUAAAACUCAUGAAAUCAGUGCCUGAUGUUGUUUUUGUUCCAUCAUUCACCGUUGUCGCACUCAUUGCUGUCAAGAUCGCUAGAAUGUUGUUCAUGAAAAAGACAAUACCACCACUACCAACAAAGGAAGAACAACCUCAAGAGGAACAUCAUCGUCCAUCUCCAACUAGUACACAAAUCUCAACUAAACCACCUGCUGAUGAUAAAUCUCAUAAUAAUAAUAAUAAUAAUAAUAAUAAUAAACAUGCAACUGGCUAUUAUUGUGAAGAGUGUGGAAUUGUGCAUCACUGAGUUAUUUUAACAUUUGAAUGUGUUCUU